AAGAUGCCUCUAGAAUCUUUCUCAGUUACUUAAAGUAGAUAGCGAUAACCGUAUGGAUCGCAACGAGAUAUUGCAAAAAGUAAACAGCUACAGACACAGAAUAGAACAACUUGAACGCUAUAUGGAGACUACAAAAUCAAAUUCACCUUCUUUAUAUAUCAAUGAAAAUUCGCCUCAUAAAUACCGUCGAGACUCUAUUGACUCUGAUUUUGUAAGAACAGAAGAAGACGACUACAAUGACCGAGCCAAGUUUUCAUUUAGUCAAGGUGAAUUAAAUGAGUUAAAAGGCUAUAUAGACCAUGCAUUUGAUUAUUAUUCAAAUGCUGCCGAAUUGUUCAUGAAAGCAUUUAAGGGAUACGAUCAUGACUCACCAGAAAAACCUACAGCAAAAGACAAUUUCGCUAAAGCAUUGGAUCGAGCCGAGCAGUUGAAAAAGAACGCACAACUCUUAACGAGCCCACCUUUACGCACUCGAUCUUCUUCUUUGACUUCUUCUCUUGACCAACCCAAGACACAUUAUCGAUCUUCCUCAAUCACUUCUUCUUUUGCUAUUGUUGAUAACCCUACAGAUGACAUCUUGACACAAAAACUAUCACAUGCAGAAAUUGAAGUCUUGAGAUACACUUCUUGUGUGAAUGACAAGACAUUUUUACCUUGGAUUGAUGAAGCUGACCUGAAAGAACAAUUCUCGUAUCCUAAAAAAUACUUGGACCCUGAAGGCUCAUUACGUUUAUCCGAAAAGCAAUUGGAGAAAUUUGGUGGAUGGAAACGACCUGCUGAUAUGAUAAGACAGCCACAACUUGUUUAUCUGAUCUCAAGUACAAGUAUCAUUCAGGAUAUUGUUACAGAUUGCUCCUUUGUUGCGUCACUUUGUGUAGCUGCUGCGUAUGAACGCAAGUUCAAAAAGCAGUUGAUCACAUCUUGUAUAUACCCUCAAAAUAAACAAGGUCAGCCUUGUUAUAACCCAAAUGGAAAGUAUGUUGUCAAGCUUGUAUAUAAUGGUAUUGCUCGAAAAGUCGUGGUAGAUGAUCUUUUGCCUAUUUCACGAGAUGGUACCUUGAUGUGCACCUUUUCAACAAAUAAAGGGGAAUUAUGGCCUAGUAUCAUUGAGAAAGCGUAUAUGAAGCUAAUGGGUGGCUAUGAUUUUCCUGGAUCCAAUUCAGGCAUUGAUUUACAUUGUUUGACAGGAUGGAUUCCUGAACAUAUAUUUAUUUACGACAAACAUUUUGUAGCAGGCAAUGUAUGGGAGCGAAUCUUAGAUGGCAUUAAAUAUGGCGAUGUGCUUGUGACCAUUGCCACUGGAGAAAUGACUGAAGAAGAAGCUAAUGAGCUAGGCCUUGUUCCUACACACGCUUAUGCUGUUAUUGAUAUCAAAAUGGUCAUGGGUAAGCGUCUUCUACAAGUAAAGAAUCCUUGGAGUCAUAAACGUUGGCGAGGUCCUUAUAGUCAUCUUGACACUAAGGUCUGGACGCACGAAUUGCGCCAUUUGCUCAAUUUUGAUCCUGAUGUAGCUGAAAAGAAUGACGAUGGUAUCUUUUGGAUCGAUUUUGAGUCUGUAUGUCUUAACUUUACUUCGAUUCAUUUGAACUGGAAUCCUGAAUUAUUUACACAUCGUUGGGUGUUGCAUUCUGUAUGGUCAGAACAUGUAGGGCCUAAAAAAGAUGUUUACAGUUUAGGCUACAAUCCGCAAUUUGGAUUAAAAGUACAUGUGCCCGAUAAAAAGCCUGCUGCUGUAUGGCUCUUGCUCUCAAAGCAUAUUAUGGUGACAGAAGAAAACACAGACUAUAUUACACUGCAUGUGUAUAACAAUACUAAUGGAGAAAGGAUCUAUUACCCAGGAACACCUUUUAAAGAAGGAACCUAUGUGAAUAGUCCUCAUAUUCUUGUACGGUUUAAUGCUCCUCCUGGUAUUAGCGACUAUACCAUUGUUGUUUCACAGCAUGAAAAAGAGCGUUCCUUGUAUUUUUCUCUACGCGCUUAUUCUCUCGCUCCUUUUAAGCUACAAGAAGUACCCAUGCGCUAUUCUAUUGAACAAAAGAUCCAUAGUCAAUGGACAGAACAAACAGCAGGUGGCAAUGCCUCUAACUCUUCUUAUUUGAAUAAUCCUCAAUGGAAAAUCACGAUAUCAAACACAGGCUCACCCGUGGGUCUUUUAUUACAACUAGAAGCCCAAAAGAAUUUUGCUAUCCAUCUAUUACUGGUUGAAGGUGGUAAGCGAGUAUCAAGCGUAUCUGUCAGAGAUAUCUUGGUUGAAUCAGGCCCUUAUCGACAUGGAUUUUGCUAUUGUGAAUUGCAACACAUUAAACCUGGUGAAUAUACUGUGGUUGCAUCUACAUUCGAAGCUGAUUUAGUGGGUAAAUUUAUCAUGACAGUAACAAGUACAGUCAAAUUGCAAGUAGACCCUAUACCUGCUGAAGGAGCUGGUAUGUUUAAGAAAGUUUUUCAUGGUGAAUGGAUUGUUGGGUACAGUGCCAUGGGUUGUCCAAGUUUUGGCAAUUAUGCUAAAAAUCCUCGGUAUUUACUAGAGAUUAGAGAAUUAACAACAGUCAAGAUACGGUUACAGGCAAAGAGUAGUUCUGAUUCUGUACCUUCUAUGAAUGUCACUCUUUUUGAAAAGCACCCCACUGAAUUAUUUGGUGAAGAACUAGCUACUUCAGGCCCCUAUACCAAUGUUAUUCAAGGUGUAGCCACUGGUGAUGUUGUAUUAAGUCAAAACAAAACAGGCUACAUCAUCGUAUUGGCUACUCAUGAUAAAGAUAUAGCUGCCGAAUUCACAGCGAUUAUUUACAGUGAUCGCCCUGUCAAUGUAAAGAACGACAGAUAAAUAAAACGUUUAUUGAUGAAGUCUCUUGUUUUGAACUGAGGAUAAAGCACGCUGACCUGUAAAGAAGGCAACAAGUGCCAGGCCGCCGAAAUAAGUCAAUGUUUGAAAGAGAUCAAGCUUUGUCCAAUAAAGAUAA